AUGGGACGCAUAUCAGAUUUCCUAGGCGCUCCACAGUCUUCUGUUCGACGCAGGCCAAACCAGGUUAUAAUCCAGGGAGAAGAACCAACUAUAGAUCAGGUUCGACCACCAAGGCAAGCGCCUGACGAAAGGGUCAUAGGGGCAAGAUUGGAACAACAGUCAAUUCGACGGGAAGUCCCUGAAGAACAACCUAGGAGAGUGAUAAUGGUUAAUAGAGACCAGGAUGCAGACGAAGUAAUUCAUAGGGUCAGGCGGGAAAACAUGAUGGAAAAUGACUUAACUAGUAUGAUAGAGAGAAUCAUGGCCCAGAAUGGCCUGAAUACAGGAAUUCGACGGCCAAAUUAUUCCUCUCCUUUAUCAGAAUAUGUCCUACAAAUAGAAUUACCAAGGGGUUGUAAAAUCCCUAAGUUCACCAAAUUCUCAGGGGACACUAGUGAAUCCACUAUAGAACACAUAGCCAAAUACAUGACUGAGGCAGGGGAUUUGGCGAACAGUGAGAACCUAAGAACGAAAUAUUUCCCCAGUUCUUUAACAAAGAACGCCUUCACGUGGUUUACAACUUUGCCACCAAAUUCCAUAGAUGCUUGGCCUCAUUUGGAAAGAUUGUUUCAUGAGCAAUUCUACAUGGGCCAAACUAAGAUAAGUCUUAAGGAAUUAGCCAGUAUCAAAAGAAAAUUCACCGAACCUAUAGAUGAUUAUCUGAAUAGGUUCCGUUUGUUGAAAUCUAGAUGCUUUACAAUAGUGUCUGAACACAAGUUGGUCGAAAUGGCCGCUGGAGACAGGGUUCGACAGGUCGAACGCUUAAAAUCAGAAAAGGCAAGAGCGAAUAAGAAUUAUAAGAAAGAGAGGGUUGCUUAUGUCGAAUUCGAAGAUGGGGAGUCUGAAAUCUCUGAUGACCCUUAUGGUCUUGAGGAAUUCGAAGUAGAUUUGGCUGAAUUAAAAAAAGCACCACCUUAUGCCUGCAAAUUACUUACACCUUCGAAUGGCAGGAACCCUAUCGAAACUGAAAAGAAUAAUAGAUUUCCUAAAAAGACUUACACAUUUGAUGUUACCAAAUGUGACGAGAUCUUCGAUUUAUUAGUAAAAGAUGGCCAAAUGAUAGUGCCUCAUAAUACCAAAAUUCCUCCAUUAGAACAACGAAAGAAAAAAGGCUUCUGUAAAUAUCACAAUUUUUUAGGCCAUAAAACCUCACAAUGCUUUCUUUUCAGGGAUCUUAUUCAGAAUGCAAUUAGGGAUGGCCGCCUCAAGUUCGCUGAUAAAGGAAAAAACCAGAUGAAGGUUGACGCUAAUCCCCUCAACAUUGCUGAUACAAAUUAUGCUGAACCUGUCGAAAUCAACAUGAUUGACGUAGGGGAAGCAGAGGCUGUAAAGGCAACAAGAACUGAAGGCUAUGCGCUAGAUGGAAAGCAGGCUACUGAUGGCCUAAAUCACGAUGUUCCCUUUAGAAUCUCUGAACUAGGGGGAACAAAACUAAACUGGAGACUUUACUGGGGAGGAAGCACGAGAAACAGCUGA